AGGCAGCAGCUAGGUGGACCAUAAAUAGUUCCCCGGGGCUGAGCUUCUCAGCCUUCUUCUUUCUCUUCCGACACCUGCCAGCCCAGCGGCUGUCCUGAGCCAUGGCCCUGGGCCUCCUGUGCCUGGGCCUCACCCUGCUGGGGACCCUGCAGACCCAGGCCCAGGACUCCUUUUCAAGUCUGAUCCCAAGCCCACCACUGAGCAAGGUCCCCCUGCAGCCAGACUUCCAGCACGACCAGUUCCAGGGAAAGUGGUACGUGGUAGGUGUGGCAGGGAACGCGUUUUUGAAAGGAAAACAAAGAGAUACCAUGUACACGGAUACCUACGAGCUGAAAGACGACCGCAGCUACAACGUUACAGCCACCCUGCUCAGGGACCAGGUCUGUGACCACUGGAUCAGAACGUUUGUCCCAAGUGACCAGCCUGGCCAGUUCAGCCUGGGCAAUAGACUACGCUACCCUGGAAUACAGAGCUACACCGUGAGAGUGGCAGCCACCGACUAUAAUCAGUUCGCCAUAGUGUUUUUCGAGAAGAAGUCCAGAAACAGAGUGUACUUCAAGAUCAACCUCUAUGGAAGGACCAAGGGGCUGAGCACUGAACUGAAGCAGCACUUCGUCAAAUUCGCCAUGUCCCUGGACCUCAGUGGUGACAGCAUCAUCUUCCUGAAGCCCAUCGAGGAGUGCAUUGACGGCUGAAUGCGCAGUACUUCUUGUCUCUACACACCCCGUUCUUCCUGUUGCACGGCCUAAGGUGUCACCUGGCUGCUCCAGCUGCCACAGUGCCAUGACAGACUCGGAAUACCUUCCUAACAGCGCAGUGCUGCCCACCCGGCCAAUAGAACCCUCUUUGUCUGCUGAAUAAACAGAUGCCCCCUGUC